UUUUUCUCUUCUUUUUUAACACCAACAGGAGCGAGGGAUUUCAGAAGUCCUCACAAAAUCAAAGAAGACACUGCAAAUGCAAGCAACAAGUCGGAUUCCAGAACUUGGGGUGAAUGAGAAAGAAUGGAUCUUCGACCCCCUGUUUUAUAGAUUCAACGACUGCAGAGUGAGGAUUGUCUCCGCCAUAACAGGCAGGCCUGAGCAGCCUCUAAAAGGCAACUAUGGUUAUUUUCAUAGGAAAGCUGCUCAAAAGCCUGUCCGCCUGCCACCCUUACACCAGAAAGAAAAAGACAAGGCUAGAAGGACACUUCGGCAGUCGAGACCCUGUACUCUCCAUCCGAGAAGUCAGGUGACUCCUGUAGAAUUGCCCAAGCUCCAGCCAGUACCACCACCGAAAAGGCAGGAUCAGAAAUCAGUGGGAGCAAGUGGUAAAAUCUCCAGCCAACCACAGCUCCAGCAAACAAAAGACAAGGCGAGUAGGACAUUUCGACAGUUGAGACCCUGUUCUCUUAACCCGAGACUUCAGGCGACUCCUGGAGAAGUGUCCAAACUCCAGCCAACACCGCCGCCGCUCGGAAGGCAGCAGAAAACAAUGGGUGCAAGUGAAGUAACAUCUGCAGCCUCCUGCCUACUGCAGCUCCAGCAAACAAAAGACGAGUAUAGGACAUUUCAAAGGUCGAAGCCCUGUUCUCUCAGUCUGAGAGGUCAGACGGUUCCUGGAGAAUUGUCCAAACUCCAGCCAAUACCACCAAUAAAAAGGCAGGCAGAAGGCACUGUGAGAGAGGCACUGGGAGCGAGUGCAAACAUCUCUACAGCCUUUGACCAACUGCCGCUCCAGCAAACAAAAGAAAAGGAUUGGAUAUUUCGACAGUUGAGACCCUUGACUUUCCCUCCGAGAGGUCAGGCGACUCCUGAAGAUUUGACCAAACUCCAGCCAGUACCACCACCACCUAGAAGGCAACAGCAGGAACCAAAAACAACGGGAGCGAGUGCAAACAUCGCUAAAGUCUCCAGCCAACCACCGCUCCAGCAAACGAGAAUCUCUCUUAAAGAAAAAAUAGAGGCCGAACCAAAGGCCCAGAGAGAGGAAAACAAGAGAAGAGCAGAGAAAAUAAUUGAGGACAUCUUAGAAGAAAAGGAGAAGGCCAACCAAGAGAAAGAAUUGAAAUGGAGGUCAAUGAUGAAGGAACAUUUUGAACAUUACGACACCCUCGCCAACUAUAUGAGCCAAGAUGGAAAUUUUGAUAAGAAGAUAGACCUCCUGCAGAAGAUGGUGGACACCAGUUAUAUCUGCCUCAAAGACGCCAAGAAGAAAAAUAAGGAGCUGUUGGAAAUCAAAUAUGGCACUCCCUUGAAAAUCUUAAAUGAACGGAUGACACAGAUGAUCUCCGAGAUCAGCAGAAGCAAGGAGGGUGCUGAAGGAAUCGUCUACCAUCCAGCCCUUCAUUUAAAGGAGGAAGCAGUGGUGGACUCCUGUUUGGACGCUUGCGAGUUUAUUAAAAGCCACAACCUCCAAACAACAGUCAAGCAGCGCUUGCUAGAUCUCCAGUUCCAACAAAAACAACAGGAGAUAACCAUGAAGGAAUGCAAGAUCGAUGAAUGGCGAAAACAUCGAGGACAGACUGGCAAAUGUCUGGAAAUGGCACUCGCACCUUCUGUGAUUAUAACUGGAAGAAAACUGAAGCCACUCAGCACACCUCCAAGAGCUGUCAAGAAAGCGGAACUGGUUAAACGGCCUUCUCAAAACCUCAAGAAAAACAUCUACAAAAAACAAUAA